AUGGCCGAUCUCCUUCUCGAUUUGCUCGACACCAGGCAGGCCACUGUGCCCGACUGCAACCCAACGCCGAGAGAGACCAAGUUGGCAUAUCUGACCCAUCUUGCCGACCAGAGCCCAGCAGCACUCGCUUUGACGGAGCCCCAAUUGCUCUCCCAGUCAUCCCAAUCCCUCCUUCUAUCUCUGCAAGGGGUUGCAAAGCGCUCACAUAAGUCUGUCAUCGACUCGGCUUCACAACACACUACUCUGGCUCGCACCCUGCCGACUCUGGUUACUGAUACGGCCGACCUUCGCAAUGCAAUUCCCAAGCUCGACGCGGAAGCUCUGCGUUUCUCAACAACCUACAGCAAAUCCGCUGAAAAUGAGCAUCUCGCUGAGAGGAAGCGCGCCUUGUUGUUACUACGCAACGUCGAGCGGCUCGUUGACGUUCUGGAGCUUCCCACAUUACUCUCCUCCGCCAUCAACACGGUCCCAGCAAACUACGCCUCGGCCUUGGACUUGAACGCCCACAUACGGCGCCUGCACGGCCUAUAUCCAGACUCUCCUCUGGUCGACUUGGUUUCCCGCCAGGCGGACGAAGCCAUCGUCAGAAUGACGGCUGAUCUCAUCACCGCUCUCAAAUCACCAGGGCUCAAGCUGGCCGCCUCUCUACGCACCGUUAGCUGGCUGAGAAGAGUUCUUCCGGAUCUAUCUUCCAUGAGCUCUGCCAGCCGCGACUCUCAAGAGCAUACGCUCUCCCUCCUAUUUCUCUGCUGUCGUGUUGCCACCUUGGACGCGACGCUUGGUGCGCUAGAGCCUCUCCGCGAGCUCGCCGACGAAGAGAGACUGAGACAGCAAGGCUCCAGCACGCAGUCAUGGUCUGGCGGUCAACAGACGGAGAAGUAUCUCAAGCGUUAUGUCGAGAUAUUCCGCGAACAGAGCUUUGGCGUCGUUUCCAUGUUUCGGAGCAUCUUCCCCCAAACCAGUACACACUCGAAUCAGCCAGAUGACAGCGCUCAGGACCCCUUCCAGCCUUUGCCAUCAACGCUGUCGACGUUCCCGCUUCAUCUCGUCGAGAUGCUUCUCGAAACCUUGAGUGAGUAUCUUCCGAUCAUCAAGGAUCAGGCCGCGCGAGACAGUAUUCUGACCCAGGUCUUGUACUGCUCGGGAAGUUUGGGAAGACUUGGUGGGGAUUUUGGCAUACUGCUGGCGAGACUUGGAGACGAUGAAGAAGGCGUCACGAAACAGUCGGAAUGGGUCGACAUCGUCAAGCGUCACCGGCUGCUGUCGGGCCGCCUCGAAUCGGUCAUUGGAGACUACAAAGGCCACGGGUCUAAGGAAUGA